AUGGAAUGGAAGGAGAUGGAGUUGAAGAUGUCCAUGGGAAUGAAGAAAAAGAUAGAUUGGAAGGAGAUGGACAAUGAGAUGGAGUGGAAGGAGGUGGAUAAGGACAAGGGACAAGGUAAUAAAGAAGAAAAUGGAGAAGAAGAAGAUGGAGAAGGGGAUGAAGAUGGACAAGGAGAUGGAGUGGAAAGAUUUGCAGCUAAAGAUGCUCAAGAAAAUGAAGAAGGUGGAGAAGGAAUUGAAGCAAUUCCGGUGAAUGAUCCAGUAUAG